AUGCCUAAGAGCCAGACCAGGACCCAGUCUCUUGCGUCGACUAUCAGUCAAAGUACUGCAGAGAUAAGCAAAUACUUGGUCACAGAGGGUCUCCCUGACCUCUCCUUUGCCGCCGAGGCGCCUUCCAUUUUGAUUCUCCCACCACAUCUCCAAAUAGCUCGAGCGGAGCUGCUGAGUGCUACUUCAGAGCUUCAUGACUUAAUCAAGGGUCCUUUGGGCUACCUUAUUGGUCUGACUAGUCCCACUCACAAUAUACUUGCGAGUCUUCAUUUCAUCAAUCGAUAUCAGAUCGCAUUAAAGAUCAAACUGGACGAAGAGAUCAGCUACGAAGCACUCGCACAAGAGUGCGAUGUCCAGGUCAACGACAUUCGACGCCUUCUACGCUUAGCGAUUGCCUUUCACGUCUUUGAAGAGAAAUCAAAUGGUUUGAUCGGUCACUCUGCUGUAUCAAGAUGCAUGAUCGAUAUGCCUUUAGUGAACAGUUGGAUCGGCCACUUCUGUGACGAAGUUUGGCCAGCUGCUUCGAAAACUGUUGAGGCUCUCUCAACAUGGCCAGUCUCGGAAGAGCCUAAUGAGACAGCGUUCGCACUCACCAACAGUUCCAACCAAUCACUGUUCGAAUCUUUACAACAGGCUCCCGCUAAUGCUGAGCGAUUCACGAACGGAAUGAAGUUCUUACAGAGUGCACCUGAGUUUAGUGUAUCCCAUUUGCUCAAAGACUUGCAAUGGGAAACAGAGAAUUCCCCGAAACGUCUAGUCGACAUUGGCGGCGCAGACGGCUCCAUUGCCACCGCAAUUCUGCGUCAAUUUCCGACUAUGACGGCAGUGGUCCAGGAUCUACCCAAUGUCAUCGAGACAGCCACAGUUGCUCAAGACCUUGAAGGUCGCUUGGAAUUUAGGAACCACGAUAUGUUUUCCCAACAAACAGUCGAGGAUGUAGAUGUCUAUUUCCUCCGUUCGACACUUCACGACUGGUCUGAUAAGUAUUGCAUAGCUAUCCUGCGCAAUCUUAUUCCAGCCUUGAAGAAUGGGGCAAAGAUAAUUGUCAAUGACGUUUGUAUGCCCGAACCAAAUGUGCUGUCGCCUUCUCAAAAUCAGCUUCUCCGGUUAGCUCAUCCUCAAUUCUCCAUUGUGACGUACACGCUAACUCACUAG